GCAGCAGGAGUGUCUUCUAGACGCGGCCGAAAUCAGCUCUCAGACAACAGAUCCAUUCAACUACGUCCGCCGGUCUCAUUCUCCGGUCGCCAGCCUUACCUCACGCAGACGCCAGAAUAUGUCUCCUCAAGGUUCGCCUCGACCUUCUGCGAGGGCGCGUUAUUUAUCGAGGCAGGAUAUUAUAAUUGAACGUCGGCACUCGCACGAUUCGACGGGCCUGGGCCAUUAUGCCCGCAGAAGGCUCUCCAUCGCCACAGCUCUCUAUUUAACCCCUGCCAGCGUCUCUUAUGCCGAUAUCAACGACAUGCCGCGCGACAUCUUGUCCGAGAUAUUCGUGCACACCUUGCCGGAAUGCGUAACGGACACGAUGGUCGACUUUCGCUCGCAGUCUCUCAUCAUCAGCCAAGUCUGUCGGUACUGGAGAGACGUUGCGAUCAAACUUCCGAGCUUAUGGCGGCUGAUAUCCUUGUUUGGGUGCCCGGACGCACACCACCACCGCUCCCUCGAGCUCGCCCGGAUAUUCGUGGAUAGAUCGCGUGGUACGGAGCUACGCUUCGAAUAUUGCGACAUCGAGGCAAUUUACCUGCGCGAUCGAGGCAGAGGGAUAGCGAAUGUCACCUUUGCCCCUCGCGGUGGACUUGUGAACACCCCUGCGAACGAGCGCUGCCCCUGCGUCCUCGAUUUCAUGAUCUCGCACAUCGCAGUGACACGCACGCUGGAGCUCACCGUCGGGCACGCGUCCUGUCAGCGGCUUGCGAGCCUGCCACCGGCAGCAGCUUCAAUGUUGCGCGGCAUCUCUGUCUCGUUCCUGGAGGGAGGAAACGCUCCGCACACAUUAGCGCGCCUGUAUGGCACUGCGCCUCAGCUUGCGCACUUCGCUAGGACUACCUCUGUGCCGGCAUUGGCGCUGCUACCGCCCGGUCCAACAGAUGUACCGUGGCGUCAGCUUGUCACCGCGCAUAUCUCUGACUCGUCCAUCCCCUAUAGUCAAUUCCUCGAAAUCGUGGCUACUGCACCGCUUCUGGCGACGCUGCGAGCUCAACUCUGCCUCGAUAGCUUCCAUGCUACCCACCCUCCGAGCCCCCCUCAUCCCCGAAUCAUCCAGUCUCGCCUGGAGGAACUCGACAUCUUUAGCCUCGCUCCGCUCGAUGUGAUCUUCAGUUCUCUCCAACUGCCUUCCCUGCGGCGCCUGACACUACGGUCGGUCGGCAGGCGCAUACAUUCUCCUCCGGUUGGAGCUUGGCCCUGUGACGACUUGCAAACCCUCAGCCACUUCAUCGAGGGAAUAACACCAGGACUCAUGGUCUUGCGUCUGCUCCCUAGCAACGACAUCUCGCAAGGCGAUCUGAUCACCCUACUUCGAAAGGCCCAGAUGGCCACUCUCACGGAGCUCGAGCUAUUGAGGGGGCCUGUCGCUUCAGACGCCCUGUUUACCCAACUAGAUCCAGAAUAUGGGCCGCCGCUCCUACCUCGCGUACAGAGAUUGACGCUGGCUGAAUGCAACACCACGGACGGAGCUAUUGGGAAUAUGCUGGCAUCGCGCUGCCGGCUCGGGUAUCCUCUUCGCAUGUUGAGGAUCCGAACCCACCUGGACGAGAUGGAUAGGUAUCACAAGGAUAAACGGAUGUUUCAGUCCCUCGAAGAACAGUAUGGCAUGCGCGUAGACUAUCCAGGGUCAAGGGCAUGGUUGGAGGCACUCAAAGCGACUUCAGCCGCUCGUCGGAAAGGUAGAUUAUGAGCCCCCAGCACUCCUCAAAUAUUACUCAGUACGCUCCUCAUAUGUGGUCCAGGCAGAUUUCGCGAUCCAUCACACUGGCAUCCGCUGAACGCAUGUUCCAACGCUUGGGCCCGAUUGUCUUUGUACCAUGUAUCGUUGAAGACUAUUUACAUCGUGCCAGCAGCACCCUUGCUGGACACGUGCUUGAGCAAUCGGGAAAAGCUCAGCUCGUCAGCACACAGGGCAGACUGGGCAGGAGUAGCGUAUGCGAAGUGAAUCUGCUACAGUUCCGGG